AUGAAAUCCUUGGUGCUCGCUCUGCUUGUCUGUGCCUUGUUCGGCACAGCGCUCUCGUGCGACAAAUUCCAGAAAUACAUGGAAAUGUUCUGCAAGUAUCCCGGCGAGGCCAACAUGUGUCUGACGAGCAACGCGCUCUCUUACAAAGCGUCGUGCUGUGCAAGCAAGGGUGGAUGCAAUUCAAGAGAGUUUCCCAAGGAUAAGGUCUGCUGUUUCACACAAGCAUGUCUGGAUCGCUGCUAUCCCGGAAAAGGUCAUCGCAUGGGAACUGUGUACUGA